AUGGGGUCUAAGGAACUAAAACAAAUCAUCAAAGGCAAGCGUACCAAGCGACCAGGGCCAUCUUUGCCGCUAACGUUAGCCAUGACAUCUUCUAGCUCAUCUAACGCUGGAGAGAGUGAAGGUGAACUUGAUCAAAGAAUCUACAACAACUCGUCAUCGUCUCCUGGUCCUAGCACCUCAUUUGAAUUCAUGGAAAGGACCGGGGAGGAAGAAGACAUGGCCAACUGUUUGAUUUUUUUAGCUCAAGACAACCAAAACUACAAAAUAUUAGUUAAGCCCAUGGCUAUUGUAGCAUCAACAACUACUACGAAUAUCAACAAGGAUGCUGGGUUAUAUGUUUACCAAUGCAAGACCUGUGAUAGGCGUUUCCCUUCAUUUCAAGCGCUUGGUGGACAUAGAGCGAGUCAUAAGAAAUCAAAACCUGGUAGCCUUGAUCAUGAAGACAAUAAAGUGUUAACGGCGGUAGGAAUGACUCAUGAAGAGUAAAAUGAAAAUCGAAAUAACAUUAAUACAAGCACAACCCUUUCAUUGCAACUAGUAAAUAAUAGGGUUUUAUGUAGUCCUAAUGUGAAGUCUAAUAAGGUCCAUGAGUGCUCUAUAUGCGGUGCUGAGUUUUCAUCUGGUCAGGCUUUAGGUGGUCAUAUGAGACGGCAUAGGGCGUUUGCAGCUGCCACUUCAACCACAACCAUAACAACAACAACGACAUCAACCAUGAGUUUGGGAAGAGUUAAUGGUCUUGAUCAUGAGUCCCAAGAAUCCAAGAAACCAAGAAAUAACCUAAAUAACCUACAACUAGAUCUUAAUCUUUCGGCACCUGAAGAUGAUCUCCUAGAACCCAAGUUCCACUUUGUCAAGGAAUAAGUUCUUGUCCUCACAGCUUCUCCCUUGGUUGAUUUCCAUUACUAA